AUGUCUUUUUUGUAUUCGUUUCUUGAAACUAUUCCAACCAUAUCUUCAACUGUGUUAAACCAUUUUACCGAAGGCCCACCUAAAAAAUCAUGGGAUCUAAAAUUUCAUUUAGCCGUAUCAAUGGUUAAAAGCGAUAUUACUUUUGGAAAAAAGUCUAUUGAACAAUAUCAAAAGGAUUUUGACAAUUUUUUCAUG